AUGUUGGGUGAGGGAUUGAGCAAUAAGAUAAAACCUCUGAGCAGUAAUACUGUUUCCAGACUUAUUGAUGAGAUGGCCGCAGACGUUAAAUCAAAACUCAUCAAAUUUAUGAGAGAAGGUAAAUUUGCGUUGCAGAUUGAUGACUCAACUGUGAUAGAUAACAAAGCUAUUGUAUUAGCUUACAUUUUUAAAUUGGUCAAAGACUAUUUUGUGGAAAAAGAAAUUCCCCUUACAAAUGUAAGUGCUUGUGCAACAGAUGGUGCUCCUGCCAUGUCUGGUCGUCAUACUCGGCUUCUAGCGCACCUUAAAAAUGAAGUACCGGAGGUCAUCACCAUUGAUUGUGUCAUUCAUCGUCAAUAUUUGGCUGCAAAAAAGUUGAAUGGUGCCCUGCAUGACACUUUACAAUUCGUUAUUUCUGCCAUCAAUAAAAUCAAAGCUAAUUCUCUCAAUGACCGUUUGUUCCGAGAACUUUGCCGUGAAAAUGAAGAUUUCGAACGCUUGCCCCUACAUACAGAUGUGAGAUGGCUUUCAAAAGAAAACUGUUUGCAUCGUUUUUUCGAAUUUUUUGACUCGGUUACUGAGUUUCUCGAUACCACUGAUCCUGUUUUAAGUGAAAGUUUGAAGCAACGCAAGUUGGAAACUGCGUACCUCACGGAUAUUUUUGAAAAAAUGUGCAAAAUCAACGUAAAACUUCAAGGAAAUAAAGUGAACAUUAUCAAGGCUAGGGGAAACAUAUCUGCAUUCAUCGCCAAGUUUGAUAUCUACAAGUCAAAUAUCGGUCGCAAAGAGCUAAUGCAAUUUCCAACUCUUAGAAAGAGUUCAAUGGCAGAUAUCAAGAUUCUCGAAAAAAAUCUUAAUUUUUACUGA